AUAGAAGAAACUCUUAAGGCGCUGGUUGAUCAGAUGGCAGAGCAAAACAGAAGGAUCGAUGAACAACAGCAUCUAUUCGGUCAGAUGGUAGAGCAGAUUAAAGCGUUAUCAAGUGGGGGAUCACUUAAUAAUACCGGGGGUGGCAACGAAUACAUUGGACGUAUGGAGGGAGGUAAUCACAAACCAAUCCAUUUUAAUCCCAAAGUUGAGUUCCCACAAUUUGAUGGAUCUAAUGUGAGAAUAUGGAUUAAAAAGUGUGUGCAAUACUUUUCGUUGUGUCAAAUUCCUGAUACAAAAAGAGUGGAUCUAGCUUCUAUAUAUUUGAUCGGAAAAGCUGCUGUAUGGUAUAAUAGCUAUACUCUGGGCAGAGCCAACAUCACGUGGGAAGACUUUGUGGUGGAUCUGAGUGCUAGAUUCAAGGAUGAGUUAGGCUCGAAGGUGGUUGAGGAGUUUAACAAGUUGCAACAGACUAGGAGUAUAGAUGACUAUGUGGACAGAUUUGAGGAGCUGAGGUCUUGUAUGUUGAUGAAAAACCCUACGCUCCCUGUGAACCAUUUCCUGGACAGUUUUGUAGGAGGGCUCAAGCCCCACAUCAAAGCAUUUGUGAGGGCUUUGAAGCCAGGAACUUUGUCUGAAGCUAUUGAGUAUGCUAGAUGCCAGGAAGAAACUGUACAAGCCAUCAAAUGGCCAGAGAGGACUGCGAAGCCAAUGAUCAAUUUCAACAAGGGACUGCUACCCACCCCUAAUACAAAGCCAGUAAAUGCAGUUCCUGUGGUGAACCAACCAAGAUUCAUACCAGCUGCAGUAAGAGCAGAAAAUAUAGCAAAGGGGCUUUGUUAUUACUGUGACAAACCUUUUGAGAAAGGGCAUAAAUGUGUGGGGAAGGGCACCCAACUAUUUUUGGUUGAAGUACCAGGGGAAUCUGAAACAGAAGAGGAACUUAUGCAAACUGAAUCUGACUGCUUAAUCGAGGGGAAUAACCCUUUUAUUUCGGCAAAUGCUAUUAAUGGCAGCCAGGGGUUCCAAACAAUGAGGGUGACAGGUGGGGGUAGUUUUGCUCCGUUCACUGAAAAUCCUAAGAAAAUUCUCCGACAAAAUACUUUGAAAAAUUCACCCGGAGGGGAUUCUGGGGGAGAAGAAGAAGAGAUCGAGGUUGAUCAGCCCAUAAUGGAAGAAAAUAACGGACGUAGGCGGACUGUACUCCAAGCCAUGAGCCCCGCCUAUGUCGAGGAAGACCCCAUCGGACUCCCGAACACUGAUGCCCACACAUUCGAGAUCAAACCUGCCAUAAUCCAAAUGGUUUCGAAUAAUCAAUUCGGGGGUAUGAAGGGGGAAGAUCCAAGGGCCCACAUGCUCUGGUUCUCCCGAACCUGUCAGACGCUGAAGAUGAACGGAGUGACCUCCGAUCGUAUCAAACUAUCGCUCUUUCCUUUCUCACUUCGAGAUAGGGUGGCCCGAUGGUUGAAUACGUUCUCAACGGGUCAUUUCAAAACCUGGGAGGCACUGCACCAAGCUUUCAUGCACGAAUACUUCCCACCAUCCGCCAUCGCCAAAAUCAAACGAUCGAUCCAGAAUUUCUCUCAAGAUUCGAUCGAAUCCCUGAGCGAGGCAUGGGAAAGAUUCAAGGAUCUGAAGAUCAAAUGUCCUCCUUCCCUAAUUGAUGCUGAUAGCCUGAUGUUCCAUUUUUAUCAAGGACUUCUGGUGCCGUCAAAGAAAGAACUCGACCACUCUUCUAAGGUCGGCUCUUUCUUGGAUAUGACACCGGAAGAAAAUGAGGAUCUGGUGGAGAGACUAACUUCAAAUGCCAAAUACUGGUACGAAGACCGAGCUCCACAACAGAAGGCUGGCAUGUACGAAGUGGAUUCCUUGACGGCACUGAAAGCAAGCAUGGAAAGUUUGAUCAAACGAACUAUUCAAGAUCAGUUCAGUACAAGCUCCCGAUCCAACAAACCAUACGAGUCAGUUGCUCAGGCUGAGAACUACUAUCAAGGCAGUUCAAGUUCACACUCAAACGAACUUGUUCUAUCUUGUGAAUCAUGUACAGGUGCACAUUUGACAGCCCAGUGCCCUUACUAUGAAAGCCCAAUCAAGGAAAAGCCUAGAGAAGUAAAUUUGGCCCAGUAUGCAAACAAGGGGGAAGGACCAUGGGCCACGAACCAGUACCAAACAGCCCACUGGCGCGAUGAUCUUUCAAGAGAGCGCAACAACAACAAUUUUCAAAGAAAUAAUCGUCCGAGGGACGAUUUCAGACAAGGAGGCUGGAACAACAACUGGAAUGAGAGAGGGCCUAACUUCAACCAAGGAGGGAAUACUCAAGCAUAUGUCCCUCCACACCAGAGGCAAGCUGAGGAUCCCACAACCGAGAUGAAGAAAAUGCUAGAAGAAAAAGACAAGAAAAAUGAAGAAAGAAUCCAGAGAUUGGAGGAGUCGAUACGGCAACUUAUGGAACAAAUGACGAUCCGACCUCCUGGAACUCUGCCGGCCAAAACUGAAAACAACCCACGAGAACACCUCAAGGCUGUUACCUUGCGAAGUGGGAAGGAAACAAAGGGCAUUGGCCAGAGUUCUGAACCAACUCUGAAGGAUUCUAUGGCUGAACCAGUCAAUGAGCCGACUGAGAAAAAGAAAGAAGAAGAAAAGAAGGACGAAGAACCUUUCCAGUCCCAACAUCCAAACGGCGAUCUCCCGCCAAAGAAGGUGACCAUACCCUUCCCCUCAAGGGUAAAGAAGAGCAAAGAUGAAAAAGCCUUCAAGAAGUUCUUAGACAUCAUGGGCCAAGUCGAAGUCAAACUACCCUUAGUCGAUGUCUUGACGGAGAUGCCAAGCACAUACCUGAAAAAUGCAAGGAUCCAGGUAGAGUCUGUUGAGACACUUCUUGGUCUGGAGGAGAUUUUGAAGGUUGAGGAGAUUGAAUCAAGCAAGUGUGAGGAUGUUCAGGAAGUAGAGGCUAAGGGAUCUGAUUCCCUAGACUUGAAGCCACUUCCCAAACAUCUUGAGUAUGUAUUUCUGGAUGACAAGGGCAAAUGCCCCGUCGUCAUCGCAUCUGAUCUGAGUGUGGGACAAAAGGCCGAUCUAAUAACAGUCCUCCGACAACACAAGCAAGCUUUUGCUUGGAAGUUGGAGGAUAUUCAAGGAAUCAGCCCGGCCUUUUGCACCCACAAAAUUGCAAUUGACGAAGGGUGUAAGCCCGUUGUUCAAGCACAACGAAGGCUUAACCCGAAGUUAAUGGAGGAGUUUAAAGUUCAGGUCAAGGACCGAAGUGGUUCCGCAAAUCAGGCUGCCGACCACCUGUCUCGUCUAGAACUAGACGUGGCCAGUCAAUUUGGAGAAUGCACAGUCGAUGAGAUGGCUGAUUUCCCUGCUAAUGGACUAGACUUACCUUUUGUUGCCCCCGAGGCACGCGAACGAUAUCGGGAUUGGGGUAGCAAGAAGGUACUGACGCCGCCGAUGAUAUUGGACCAUGCAGCGCUAGAGAGCAUGGGGUAUUGGGAGGAGGUUGAUGACUUCCUCCAUGACCCCAAAUGGAGGUGUUUGCUUUCACUCCGUGCACAAGCUAGCGUGCCACUGACGAUGGAGUUCAUCUGCUCACUGAGGUUCAGCGUUUAUGGGAGCAGAGUUCGAGAUGUGGAGGGAGUGCAUCCCUCAGUACGAAUGACGUUCACGCUACGUGGGACGAGGUUUGAUAUCCCCGUUCUUGACCUAGGACGCCUGCUGGGGAUAUAUACUCUUGAGGAGACGAGCUCACCGGACUUUCUUGCCCUGCCACGUCGACGUCCUUUGGAUGUUGACGUCAAGGCAUUUUGGAGGACUCAUUCACGUAGCACUAGAGACUUCAGCAACAAGUACAGCUCAUCAUCCGAUUGGAGGAGUCCCGCGUGGAGGAUACUUAGUCACCUCCUCUGCUGCAGCUACUUUGGGCGUCAUAAGAACGCCAACAGAGUUUACGACACUGAUCUGAUCUUCUUUUGGAGCCUGGAGAGCCACACACCUGUGGACCUUUCCUCCUUUGUUGGGCGUUUCCUGUUUGAUCAGUCGACAGGAAAUCGACAUCACAUCCAGGCUGGACCCAUUAUCACUCUGUUGGCGUACGCCCUCAUGCCUACCAUGGUCAUCCCAGACCUUCUCCCAGAGGAGUCUAGUGUACGGCCUAUCACUUCUGAGUCUCUUAUCCACAUGGGAUUCAGAAAGAGGCCACGCGACACUAGAUACGAGCCAGAUCAGGACACGGGCACGGGCAGUCCUUCAUACAUGCCGGCGAGCAUGCCCGCAGAUGGACCUCUUCCUCUGCUGUUCCACCUUUAUGAGCAGCGGUGGACCGCCUUUGAGCAACGUCAGGAGGCUUGCUGGAAGGAAAUUCAUGAUCAUCAGCAGCGCAUUGAGACUAGCCUUGCGGAGCAGGGUACGCAAAUUGCCCAUAUCUUGGACUACGUGGAGGCACAGCAAGGAGUCCCUAGCACCACUCGCCAGAGAGGGCGCGGUCGCGGGCAAGGAGGAGGACGUGGGCAAUGAGCUAUUCCUCUGCACUAAUAUGUUUCUUCUGUUUUGUUUGUUUGACUCAGGAAUGGUUGGAACUUCAGUUUGUUUUGAACACACCUUUGGUAAACUAUUUUUAUUACUUUUAUUUACAUCAUCAUAUUUUUUAUCUUUAAGUGUGAGGACAACUUAGUAUUUGCAUGCAAGUUCUUCCACCAUAACUCUAAUUUCUGAUCACUUUAAAACCCGCGAGGGCGCGGUUACGUUUAAGUGUGAGGAGGAGAGAGUUAUGGUUGAAUCACUUUUUUUGAAAUAUAAUUUAUCUUUAUAUUUGUAGGAAAAUUAUAUAGACAGUCAUCAAUUUUAGUUUUCUAAGAAAAAUUCUUUUACCCU